CAACUUUAUAAAUUUAAUAUAUUUUCGCAUUAUUCAUUAUUGUUUUUAAAAAACAAAUCACAUACUCCAAUCAGCAGCAGCACAACCACCACCACCACUACCGCGCGUAAUUCAAAGCAGUUCACUUUGAAAUCCACACGCGAAAAAAUUAGUUGAAGGUUUUUCACUUUAGGAUUUUCAGGAUGACUUCUACAUACCCUAGUGUCAAUGGAAUUAAUCAUCGCGAUCUUGUCAUCGCCACCGCUACAACAGUAGAUAGUAUUAACUGGCUUAAGCGACAUGGACUUUUAAAUACCGAAAAAACAUGCUCCUCGUGUGGAGCGAGCAUGAUGGAAGUAGCCAAAAAGAAUGUGUCGGAUGGCGUGAUAUGGUCGUGUAAAAGGCCUUGUAGGAAAACGGUUUCGAUUAGGAAAGGGACAUUCCUAGAAAAUAGCAAGUUGAAGUGUGAGCAGAUUGUAGAUAUAUUGUACUUUUGGGCAAAAGGCGAUUCAGCAAAGGGAAUAUCCCAUGAAUGUCGUAUAGCGAAUGUGGCCGUAACGGAUUGGAGAAAUUUCAUCCGUGAUACACUUGCAGAAUAUUAUGUCGCGCAAAACAUUAAGCUCGGAGGGCCAAACCGAAUAGUGGAGAUAGCUGAAAGUGCAUUUAUUAGAAGGAAACAUAAUGUUGGCCAUCAGUGGGUGUUUGGUGCUUUGGAAAGGGGCACAAGGAGAUGCUUUUUGGUGGCAGUGGAAGAUCAGACUGCGGACAGUCUUUUAGGAAUCAUACAAGAGCGUAUAUUGCCUGGUACGACUGUAAUUUCUGACCUCUGGCGCUCAUAUGAUACGCGCAAUCAACCAGGAUAUAGACAUUUGUCUGUUGAUCGUUCCAUAAAUUUUGUUGAUCCGGUAACGUUAUGGAAGCACAGAAGCAAUCGCAACGAAGGAGAAGAUAGAACAGCCCGAAGUUUACUUCCAUCAUCACGUCUCAUUGAAUACAUGUGGCGUUAUGAAUUUAAGGGGGAAAUAUUCGGAAAGCUAUUGGAACAGAUCCGACACCUGUAUCCAUGCGUUUGAGCAUAAGUAUCGCAUUUAUUUAUUUUUAAACCACACAAUCUCAGAUCAAGUCACUUGCUAUGCAAGUACAUUUCCGUAAUAUAUAU